GUCACAACAACCGCAGUGUGAGAAAUGCAGCAGCAAAAAGGUUUUGUUUGUGAUUUUCGAGUCACUUCCAUAUGUCACAACCAAUGAAUUAAAUUAAAAAUACACCAGUAAUGAAAUAUGAAUUGUUCCAAAUUUCAGGAGAAUUUAACAUUUCUACUACGGAAAUUUUCUAUAACGCUGUGUAUUUGACUGAAUCAUCUUAUUUAUGAUCGACAAUAAAAUAAAAGCUAUUGUGGAUGGCAUUGCCGAGCAUGGCAGCUGAUUCUGGUGGGCUUUAUGAAGCAUUGCAAUUAGAACCCUUUAUUCAUCAGGUGGGUGGUCAUUCUUCUAUGCUUCAACUAGAUGAUGAAACUAUUUGCAAGCCUCUUAUUUCACAAGAAUUGAAUUUCUAUAAAAGUGCUCCAGACUCUCUCCGAGAAUUUAUGGCCGAGUACAAAGGUGUGAUAGAAGUCACUUUCUCUGAAGCUAUUGAUGGACAUAUAGAUGUAGUGACUUAUCUUCCAGCUAAUUACAAAACUUCUUCUAGUAAACCUGGAUCAAGGCAAAACUCUAUCACAGAAUGUGAAAGGAAAGCCAAGCAUAGGAUCAAGCUUUGUCAAUCUGGGAACAUCAAAAUUGAAAGUGUCACUGGUGCUGAUGACUCAAAAGCAGAAAACAUAGGUCAAGAAAAAUUACAGAAUGGAAGUUUGCCUAAUCCAUGGGUUUUGCAUUGUCAUCAAAAACAAAUGCAAAAAAUGCGUUCAGACUCAAACAUCAGCCAAAAAUACAUAUUACUUGAAAACAGAGUUUCAAAGUAUGAAUUUCCCUGCAUACUGGAUAUAAAGAUGGGAACCAGGCAAUACGGGGACACUGCCCCACCUGCUAAACGUCAAUCUCAGACUGUCAAGGCAGCAACCUCUACAUCUCCAACUCUGGGUGUUAGAAUUUCAGGAAUGCAAGUCUAUCACCGAGAAUCCAAACAUUAUAUUUGUCAUAACAAGUAUUAUGGGCACAGAUUAAAUGUGGAUGGUUUUCAUAAAACUCUCUACAAAUUUUUGCAUGAUGGCACUAAGUUACGAUACAACAUCAUUACAGCACUACUUGAAAAGUUACAUAAACUGUACUCUACAGUUCAAAAUUUAAAUACAUUCCGUUUUUUCACAAGCUCUCUACUCAUAAUUUAUAAUGGAAGUGAACAGUGUUGUGUCGGAAAUGAAAACAAUACAGAUUGUGAAGCAAGUUCUGGAUUAAAACUUACUGACAAUGGCAAUAUUGAAAAAAAUAAAAAAUUACUAGAUUCACAGUCAAAAAGUUGUGAUAAAUGCUCAGUCCCUAGUGAUAUUAUAUACAGAAAUCAUGUCCCCCAAUGCAGAAGUAAAUUUAGUGACCAUGUCCCACUUGUAGACCUUUGUAUGAUCGAUUUUGCUCAUGCUACCCACAACCAGAUGCCUAAUUGUCCUUUCAAGCAUGAUGGACCUGAUGAGGGUUAUUUAUUUGGACUUAAAAACCUCAUAGCCCAUCUGGAAAUUAUACAACAAAGUGAAAAAUAGUUAAGUAUUUCUUACUGCUUGGUACUUAUGUAUUUUUGAAGCUAAUCUAUUUUUUCUAAACUUAGCAAUACCAGUUUACAUUAGUAGUAUAUCUUUUACUGGUCAUUUGCCGUUUUCUACUUUGAAAUAAAGAAAUGCACACUUUUCAUUGAAGCAAGUACAAAUAUAAACUGUUACUAUUUAACACUGAAAUAAAAUUUUAAAAAAUCCAUUGUUUGCAAGUUAUAGAGAACUUUUAUAAACUUGUCAGAUUAGAAAUUUCUUUCCAGUUUGAAGUGGUCGUUGCACAAAAAUACAUAAGUGCCAUGCGUUAUCUUCCUGAUUCAAAGAUCAAAUAAUGCAUUUCUUUUCUUCUGAGCAUUGUCUUGGUGUGUAUAUAAUAUGUAUAUGGUAAGCAGUAUUAUUUUAUGGAGGCAUUCAUUUUUUUUUUUUUUUAGUUUUUGUUAGCUGAGUAAAAAAGAUAAUAUUUCAAGACAUAAAUAUAUAUUUAUUGCUUAGAAUGAAGCUUUGAAAAAAAUUCAAUCAUUUUACCUUUUAGUUUAUUGCAACAUGGCAGAAUUUCUCAUCUGGGAAACAGUGGCACUUUCAUGUGCUCAUAGGUUUAUUUAAGUUCAAAGUAUAUUAUUUUUCCCAUGAAUAUUAUGAUCUAUUUAAUCUUUUAUAAUUUAACUCGCGUAAGUUUCACAUGAGUGUCAUUAUUAUUAUAUUACUUAUCAUUAAACUAUAUUGUUUAUAGAUUAAUAAUAAUGUUAAAUCAAAUAUUUGUGUGAAUUAUUUUGGAUUAAAAAAUUUGCAAAUGACUUAAGAGUUUUAAAUUAGGUAUAAAAAUGGUUGAGCAUCCAUGAUUUUUGUUUUUCUUUGCAUUUAUUUUAUAGUAUGUAUACAAGCAGAAAAUUACAUUGCUAAGAAUUCAACCACAAAUAUGUUUUUAAUUGUUUAGUUGUGCUAACAAUUUUCUCUAAAUAAUGUCCUUCAAAUAAUUACUUCUUAGUAAAUAUAGUGAUUUACAAAAAAACAAAAUUGACUUAAUUAUGGAUUCAACUAGUUUGUUUGCUUUGUGAUCUAUUUUGUGUCUUUAAUUGUAUCUACAUUUUAUUAAUUUUUUUCUUUAUUUGUUAUUUCCUAAUUAGUUUAAAAUUUUAAUGGAGAUUCUUGUUAAAUUUCAAAUCAUAAUUUUAAACUACUUUUGUUGUUGUAAUCAUGGUUGUUUAUGAUGUACUUCUGACAAAUAUAUCUUUUUAAUAUGUGCUUAAACAUUUUUAUGAUAAAUCAAUAUCAGUUUUUAGAAUUCAAUUUUUAGACAUAAUUUUAAAACUGGCCAUGGCUGUACAUUUUUAUUUGAAAUUGCUUAAAUGUGAAUUAUUAUUUUUUACAUAUUUGUUUUGUUUAACAGUUCAUAAAAAUCAUAAGGGGCUUUCAGCAAAUAACAAGCCAACUGUCCAAAAAAAUUUAAACAUCUAUUAAUGCUGGAAGAAAAUGAUCUCAAUUGAAGAGCUAAAGGAGUGAAGGUUUAAAGUUAUAUUUUAGUAAAUUAGAUUUAAAAAUUACUAUACGAAAUUAAAAAAAAAUUAUAACUCUCCUUUAUUUCUUGCCUACAAGCUUUCUUACCCUCAUUUAAACUUCUUUCACCAUAGUAUUUGCAAUCUUGACGUCAUAAUUUGCUGCCAACUGACUGUUUUCUAAUGUUUGCUCAUUAACUGUUUGUUGCUAAAAGCACUUGAACCCUUUUUCCACUUCAAAGACUAUUAUUUAAUACCUACAUUAAUUGAAAUCUGCAAAAUUUAAAGACUUAACAAAAUAAAUUAAUGUUGAAACAAUCUUACCCCUUAUUGCUCACAAUGACUUUCACUGCCAUACGUCACACUUGCCACUACAUGUUUUAUUUGUAAUUUGUUAUACACAUACAUUGGACACACCUUUCAUUGCCUUGGUACUACCAAUCAAUCUCUAGAAGCAUAAUAAUUACUUAGUUUAUAGCUUAACAGUUAAGCUUGAAUUACACUGUUUAGUUUUUUAUGUAGCCAUUUAAUACAGAUACUCCUUUUUUAUUAAUUUUUAAAUGAUGAUUGGUUAGCAUCAUAAUGAAAGCUGUCACUUUGUUAGUAUUGUGUCAUACAUGGUGUCUAAUGCUGAAUAUUGGCUCAUUAUAUUUUGAAUGCUCCUUAUGUUUGUAUGUUAAUAAUAAUUAAUUGCAAGUGAUAGUUUGCACUUUUUAUUUCUCGGUGGUAAAAACUUUAUUUUUUUUUAUUUUGUAUAUAUUAUUACAUUAUAUACCACUUUAUGGAUAGAAAUCUGUAAAAGAUUAUUUUAUAUUUUUGGUGAUUUCUGUGAUCUUUUUACUUACUUUCCCAGUGUUUUAAUUUAUUGCAAAAAUAUAUCUAUAUACUUUUGUUAUUUGUUCUUUUACUAUUUCAUUAAUAUGCCCUUAAUGUUCAUAAGAUGGUAUAUUUAAAUGAUUUAUAAAUUGGUUUUCUCUUCUUUUUUUUCUUUUUUUUUCCUUUUUUACUGUUAUUAGCUCUUUUUUGCAUUAAACUUUUUUGUAAUGACUAAUAUGUCUAAAACUUUAUUUGCUUUUUACAAUGAUGGGCAGUUUAAAGAACUGAAUUUAUUCUAAUUUGUUUUUGAAUCCUUUACUUUGGGAUUAUAUAAUUUAGCGUUAUGCCAAUCCAGCAUCUGUAAUAAUCUCCAAUUUUAAGUCAACUUUUAGUAUUAGGCUAUAAUUGUUGAAUGCAUUAUUCAAUCUUACUUUAGUAAAUGUAAUGUUUUACAAAUAAUCACUUCUUAAUAAAUAUAAUGAUUUACAAACUAUAGUUUAUUAACCCACUGGCGGUUUAGUAAAUGGACGAAAUUGGGAGAAUGUUUCUCCACAAUACACUACUUCCCUAUCUAAUAACAUGGAGAAACCGGUUUUGCUAUGCGGAGAAAACUGCGAGUUAAAAUAGAACUUUUUGCAUGCAAAACAGUCAGUGGUUUAAAAUUCUUGUUUGUUUGCUUCCUGGUCUAUUUUGUACUCCACAGUUUAUCCCAUGUAUGCUUUUUCUUAGGAAUCUGACAAUUUUGAUAGUUUAACAUGGCCCACCAAUUGAUGUAUGUUAAUGCAGUGAGAACACGCUAUAUUUUUUAUGUAUUUGUUUUCAUGUAUAUGUGAUAUGUAUUAUUUUAAUCUUUUGGGAUAAAGAAAUUAACUUAGCUUAAAAAUUAUUUUUCCAAUACUGAAUAUAUAUUCUUGCCUAAAUUAGUUUUAGAGCCUAUUAAAAUUAUUUUAGACCUACAAAAAUUUAAUUUUCAGAUAAAGCAUUUAGCGUUUUAUUGGAAUGUGAUAUAUAUAGUUAUGAGUGAUGAAAUGUUUGGUUAUAUUUCUUCUUGGUUUUGAUUUUGAAAAUUAUUAGAUAUUCAACCUGUGUUUGAGCAAUAUAUGUAUAAAUUUUAACUUUCCCGAUAGGGGAAAGCUAUGCAUUGCAAGCAAAAUACUAUGUAUUAAUACUGUGUAUAGUUCCAUAUUACUUUUUCCACUGUUGGAAACAGUUCUAUUCACCCAUUGCAAAAGCUUUACCAUCUAGCUUUAUAUAUUUAUUGUAUUAUUUAUAUUCUGUAUGUGUUAUUUAUAAUGUGUAUAAAUUUUAAUUAUUCGUAAAUGUCUGUCCUAUGAAUGUUGUUCAUAUGUUUCUGUGUUAAACUAUUUAUCUUAUUGGUUUUGGCUUUCAACAGAUACAAUAAUGCCUUUCUCUACUUAUAUUAUUUAUGACUCUUUAAAAACAACUUUACUUAAAUUUGCUGUGUGUGUGCAAAUUUCGUUUUAGCCUAUAUAUUUAUAUAGUAGUUAAUUUAAACAUAUAAAUUAUCACAUUUUGACUAGUUGUAUACUGAAGAAAUUAAAAAAUUAGCUUCCAAUUGUAAAGAAAAUAUGGUAUUGAUUACACAGUAAUUUGUAGCUUAUUUAUUUAAUAUUGAGCUUAUUGUAACUUAUAAAAUAAGUUUUCUUCAGUUCUAAUACUGCAUUUUAGAGUU